GAACGUAACCGGCGUCUGAAUCGUUUUUUUACUCUUAGCUCGCCUGGAGUUGCUACUUUGUUUCUGAGAAGCCGACAGCCCCUUGCUCCGACGCGGUACCGGGAGUGACGUCAUAAAGACUGCUCGUGCGCGCACGGGGUCGAGUUUUCCGGUUCUUCAUAAGAGCCGGUCCAGACGGAUGCAGACGAGGGGAAAGGCGAGGACGCAUCGGAUCAGAAGAAUCGCCUGCUAUGAGAACAACUAUGGCUUCAUUGUGACAACAUACAUCACACAACACAGACUGUGUGUUUACCUGAAGAACCUCGAGACUGAAACACAUGUGUAAUGAUGAGGUCAUCCAGCAGCUGAUGAUCGCAGUAUGUCCGCCAGCACGAAGCUGCCACCCCGCUGCCCUAACUGCGGCGAGACGUGUCCAUCAUGUGACCACACCUGCCCGGCGCUCUGUGUGACUCCACGACGGAGAUCUGAGGGGGUGCCGGCGUCAUUACAGGAGAGCGACAUGCACCUUGAUCUCCUGGAUGCCCUCAGUCUGGCCCGUCCGCUCCGAAAGAUCUUCAUCCAGAGAGACUCACCGUCUGUCGUCCCCACGUCUCUCUCUCCGCUGCUGGCGGAGGGGGACGAGGGUGGCGCAGUGACUCGGUUGGGUGUGCCGUGGCUGGGCCGGCUGGCACUGGAGGCUCGUCUUCAGCAGCUGGCGCUGGAGGUGCAGGAGCGGGUGUCCCUCAGACUGGAGACUCUGCAGGAGGAGGUGAAGAGGAGGAGCGUGGAGGUGAGGAGAGCGAGGAGAGAGAGCGAGAGGAUGGACAGUGAGAGACGCGAGGCAGAGGAGAGAGCGGCACGGCUGGAGCGGCAGGUGGACAUCUCUGUAGAGAUGCUGGCCGACCUCAGAUAUGAGCUGAGAGAACGAGAACAACAACUCCAGCGCAAACAACAGGAAGUGUGUGAACUGGACCGGUAUGUGCGGGACACGGCGCUGCGCGAGGCGAGCGCAAAGACUCGGCUUCAGCGUUUCAUAGAAGACAUCCUGGAGAGAGCAGAGAGGGCGGAGCUUCAGCUGGAGAACAUCCACUUACACGAUGAUGUCACUUUCCCUCACAGACACCCGACAGGAAGCAGAGCAUCAGGGUACCAGAGGAGCAACAGUGUGUCAGGAAAAGUGUCUUCACAUCGGUGUGAUCACAGAGCUUCUCCAGGCUACAGGUAUGAGGUCAGAAGGCCACGCACGCUGUCUGUGGGGUCAGGAGGAUGUGAAGGUCACUGGAGGGGCGGUGGACUCUAUCAUCAGCACAUGUUGUGUCUGGACGGCGGUUCUGGUUCUCACUGGCUGAUCCAGAACACACACACAGACUCAGAUAACUGCUCGCUCUACACCACACGAUCACAGGACGACAGUGAUUUGUGUGUGUUAUGGUCUGUGUGUGUAUGUUCAGGUCGGGAUGUCUUGGAAGAGAGAACCAGCAUUGAUUCACUUGUGUGUUCUGAGCGUCUCAGACUGAAAGCAGGACUGUUCUGUGUGUUUAUCUAUCUGGACACACACUCCCUCCUUACUGCUGCAGAGGUGUGUAAGGAUUGGAGUAGUGUUGCACGACACCCUGCUGUCUGGACCAGAGUAACACUCGAGAAUGCGCGAGUUUCUUCAAAGUUUUUGAUGACCCUGUCUCAGUGGUGCUGUCAAACACAAUCUUUUGUUCUACAAAACCUCAAACCUCGCCCCCGAAACAAGAAAGAAAGCAAAGAUGAGCAUUUGAAAGCCACAAGAGGCUGUCUGGAGGCGGGUCUGGAGGCGGUGCUUAAGUCAGCAGGGCGGAGUCUCGUGGCUCUGAGCAUCUCUCAUUGCCCAAACGUUUUGACGGACAGGUCGCUGUGGCUCAUCAGCUGUCACUGUAGAUCGCUGCAGUCUCUCACGUACAGAAGCGCAUCUGAUCCGGCGGGCCAAGAGGUGAUUUGGGCUCUGGGGGCAGGAUGCAGGGACAUCACCACACUGCAAGUCGCACCGCUGCAGCCCUGUUCGCAGCCCAGUCGCUUUAGUAACCGUUGCCUGCAGACGAUUGGUCGAUGCUGGCCGAACCUGUGCCGGGUGGGCGUGGGCGGCGCUGGAUGUGGUGUUCAGGGAUUGGCCUCUCUGGUGAGAAACUGUGUGAAUCUGUGUGAGCUGGAGUUGAAUCACAUGAAUGAAGUGAAUCAGGACGGGGCGGCAGACAUCUGCAAAGACGGACUACAACAACUACACACACUUACCCUCAUCUCCACACCCGUCACCGCUAAAGCCAUCCUACACUUUAAAAGUGUUUGUGUGAAUCUGAGGCGUAUUGUUGUACAGUUGAGUAUAGCCGAUUAUUUUGAGGACAUUGAGAAUGAAGAAGCUCAGCGGCUCUUUGCGGAGAUCAUCAGUAAUAUACAGAUGUUGAGAAAAAGAUCAGUCCUGUCCGAUGUGCUGCACAUCACAUCAAAGUGAACAAACCCUCGUAAUGACGUAUGAUCUUCAACACAGUGACAAUCACACACACACACACACACACAUUUCUGGAUUAUUAUCUCCAUGGGGACAGUCCAUAGGCGUAAUGAUUCUCAUACUGUACAAACUGUAGAUUUGACCUCAUAACCAUAAACCUUUAGAUCAUUGAAAACCUUUUGCAUUUUGACAUUUUCAAAAAAUAAUCUUCUGUACGAUUUAUAAGCUUUUUUGCCCAUGGGGAUGCCAAUUUUGGUGACACGUGUCCUCAUGAGUUGGUGUGCAUUUAGGUUUAGGUCCCCACCAGGAUAUAAAAACAACACCACACACACAAUACAGAUGCACAAAAACAAAUGAUGCACUUUUAUAUAUUAAGUGUUGUGUGAUUGUAAGGUUUGGUUGUAAACAUAUGCACAUUUAUAGCACAUAAACUUUCUCAGGUCUUUAGUUUUAGCGCUUUAUGUGUAGACUUCAAACAUAUAAUAGUAAUUCAUUAAAAGGUAGAACUGUUGCAAUAAGAAGGAGUAAAAAUCUUGGCAUAAUUAUUAAAUUAUGAUUUUCCAGUAUACACACACACACACGUCUUCCAUCAGGUGUCGUUGACAAUCUAUGUUGAUGUCAUCUGAAUCAUGGUGAUGUGUGUUUAAAUCUUAUUGGUAACUCUUGCUGUUCAGUUGCUAGUGUUUUUGGGAUGGUUGUUAAAGUGGCCCAUCUGAAAACGUUCUGACAAUCUGAUUCCUCCUCUACUGUAACUGUAAAUGUUUUGAUGAUUUAUUGUCCACCGGCUAAAAGUCUGGUUGCUUAGAAAACAAACAACACUGCAUUCAAGUGCAUGAUCUUAGAAAUCAUUCAAUCCUUCAGCUCGAAUGCUGUGUGAUCAGUGACACACCAAAAUUAAGUUUUAGCUUUAUAUUCAGCUGUUCCAUUUACUGUAGUGUGAGCAAAAAUAAACAGAACUAUGGAAGUAUUAAUCUGUUUACUUUGGGAUUGUUCGUGAUAUGUGAUUGGCUGUCAUUAAUAAAAUGAAACUCUAUAUCAUCCAAAUAGUAAUCUAUAAAAUAAUUCAAGAUUUAAAGUCUAACAAAAACAUUAUCGACAAACUGUCUAACCUUUGAAAUGUGUCUUACGUUAAACUGACACAUUUUUAAACGAAACCUCGAUGUAAUGACAAUUAAUGAAAUUUACAUUUACAUGUAGGCAUUUUGCAGACACUUUGGAAAGCGACUUACAUUGCUUUUAUCCUAUACAUUAUACAUAUGUAUUUGGAAUCCCCAGGGAUCGAACCCACAACCUUGCGUUGUUAACACAAUGCUCUUACCACUGAGCUGCAAGAAAGCUAUGAAUGAAACGCACUACACACACUAUAAUGUCUUCUGUUUGAGUGCACAAGGGCGUUGCAAAACGCUUUAGAGCACAAAAACUUCUUGCACUUUUUAUUUUACUUUUUAAGUAUCUUAAUAAACUAAUAAUGCCAAUUUUAUCAUUGUUUUUAAUAAGAUGCACAUGUAAAACUCAUUAAAGAUGAUGUUCUUCUGUCUCUUUUAUUAACAUUAGCUGUAUAUACAUGUGUUGAGGCAUGUUUUGUGUGAUGUAGAGAGCAGACUAAAGCACACGUGUUAGGUGAAUAAACUCUGUAAAGGAUGGUAAGUUAAAGUUGAGGAGAAAUAAGACAAUGACCAAAAUAUGUGAUCCAGGUCAAUAUUACGUCAUCAUUCAAAAAUCUACUCUAUGGUGCACAUUCAAAGUGAGAUGUACUGUAAUGAAUUAACAAAUGGGGUGUAAAAUA